AUGCCCGACGUUCACAUCGUCAACGACGAUGCUUCAUUCGCCUCGAGUGAUACUUUCUCCACUCGAGACUCGACAGAGCCAACACGUCCUCUCGCUCGACGAAACACAGUGUCUCAGCUUACAAGGAAAGUUUCUAAAAGAAUAUCCCAGUCAAUUCUGGGUGGGGGCCAACACCAUGAUCUAAGUGAAAGAAACCUCAAAGCCUUGGAGGGCGCAACUGUCUCAGAUCGUCAAUUCCAUGAUGCCAAAACAUAUGACCCUAUUCACGAAGACAUUGAGGAUGAAUGCCCCAGCAUCAAUCCGGAAGCGCAAAGGGAAGCUCGUCUACACGAGUCCUACGCCACCUUUUGUCAAAGCUUUACAAUGUCCGGGCCAACGAGGACGAGCAGGCAAUUUGACUUGUCUAUGGGAACAGAAACGGCCAAUGAAAGUGAAUUCUCUCAAACAAAGCAGUCCCUUGCAUACAACGCCAUCGAGCCUCUGCACUCGCCUACUUCCAAGUGGCCCGGGUAUAUAACGGUCUAUUCAGAGCCUGGACCGACUGCGGACGCAUUUCCAAUAUCACCCUCUGGCAAUAUCAACACGCCCACUUCUCCAUCAACGGACUGCAAGAAGAAUUCUCACGACUGCUCUCGACCAGAUACCCCGAUAUAUGAGGAUAACCUCAGCAGACAGCAUGCCAACAACCUUGAGACAUCCCGUCACCCAAACUACCCUCCGCCGCCUCCUCAGAUCAUUACCCCGGAUGUCUAUAUGGACAUGCAGCGUGAAGAGCGAGAGCGCAAAGCAGCCCGGCGCCAGAAACUACUAUAUCCCUUUCGGUCAUGGUUCUUGAGUGCUCCCCCCUUCUGGACGCGGAGGUAUGAAGUUGCAGAAUAA